AUGGGGCCUCGUCGUCGGAAUGUGACGCCAGUGCUGCUAGGCUUUGCAGCGCUGCUGCUGUGGCAAGCUUGGCAGAGUGACGUGCACCUUUUCCUUGCACAGCAGUCGCAACCAACACGUGCCAAAACGGCAGCUUCGCUUGAUUGCGGGGCUGAUCUGGAAGCACCGCUUAGCAGGCGAAACGUGUUCAUGGCCCUCGCUACGGUUGGAACCGGGCAGGCAGAAACCGCAUAUGCUGUUGCACCCAAGACUAUUUUGGUGGCCGGCGCAACUGGGCAAACUGGAAGGCGCAUCGUCGAAAAACUGUCAAAAAUGGGCGAUGUCUCAAUAAUUGGAGGAGUCCGAGAUACCGCCAAAGCCGAAAAAGAGUUGAGCAAGUCGUCCAUUACCAUCCGUGGAGCAAUGAUCGAUGAGGUCAAGGCAGUUGACACGAAAGGGGUAUCUUUGAAGCCUUUGGACGUCACGAAGGAUUCUGUUGACAAGCUGGCAGCGACUUUGACGGGGUGCGACGCGCUCAUUGUUGCGACAGGUUUCGUCCCAUCGAACCCUUUCGCUAUGGGAGCAGACGCGCAUGCGGUCGACAACUUGGGAACGAAGUCCUUGGUAGAUGCUGCCAAAAAAUCCGGGGUCAGCAAAAUCGUACUUGUGUCUUCCAUCUUGACGAAUGCGCGAGCUUGGGGACAGGAAAACAGCCCUGGUUUCCAAGUUACGAAUGCGUUUGGCAACGUGCUGGAUGAGAAGCUGGAAGCAGAGAAAUACCUGCGUGCAUCUGGCAUCGACUACACAAUCGUGCGGCCAGGUGGUCUUAAAUCCACCGCCCCAGAGACCAACCUGUUGGUGGCCAAAGAAGACACAUUGAACAGCGGAGAGGUGUCUCGGGACUUGGUGGCCGACGUCAGCAUCGCAGCGGUGUUUGAUGGCAAGGCCUCCAACAAAGUGGUUGAGAUCAUUGAAGAUGAGAAAGCCAAGUCCGAGGCAAAAAGUGAAUGGUUUGCUGCAUUGCGUGCAUGGGCUGUCUCAAUUGUGCUCUUGGUGGCUUUUGCCGGGGCCUUUGUGAAGGCCAUCUGCAUUCGCCAUUGGUCGCCGAGCGGCGCGCCUGAGCAGCACAGCUCUCUCGUGAGGCUCUAUUACCUUGUGCCCCCGGCAGUGGCGGCCGAGGCACGUGCUGCGCUGCGCCAGCUUCCCGGAAGGAUGAUGUUGCGGGCAGUAAAGGUUCGAUCCUACGCGAAGGUGUGGCUGAGGUUCACGGGGCAUGUCGACGGCUUUGACGGGCCGGUGUUCGACUCUUCUGCGCUGCGUGGCGCACGCCGCCCUGUGAAGAAGGACUACGUGGAGAUCGAGUGCAAUAUUGACGAUACCUUUGGUGCAGCAAUGUGGGAGGCGCUUGCGAUGAGCGACUGCCAUUGCACAAUUGUCGUUUGCGACCUCAUGAAAGGCAUUGCGGUUGAUGAAGGAGAUGAGGAUUCUGAGGUGCGGACAGUACCUGCCGGCUCAACGCUGUACUACGAUGUCGAGCUCGUCAGUUGGCACCACGGUCACAGCACACGGGCCUACGUUGCCCUACGUGGGGAAUCUGCUUCGCGACACGAGCGGAACGACCUGGAGGACGGGGCAAAGCCUGUGCGAGUACGCUUCCAGUCAUACGGCGACAAGAAGCUCUUCCGGGGCAAGCUGCGUGUUUUGCUUGGAUACGUGACACGGAUCUUUUGUGGUUUGCUCUUUGCCGGCUUGCUCAGACUGCUCUGUUUUGCUGGCGGCCUGUGCUCCGUGAGAACAGCGAUCCCUCGCAGCCUUCGCACUUCAUACGCGCCAUCCACUGUGGCACGAGCAGAGUCUGUCCACCACUGGAGUCUGCCUUUGACACAGGCUGGCAAAGAGGAUGGCUUGUGGCGUCGUUCGUGCUUGGUUUUCGUCAUUUGUGGGGGCUCUGGCUUCUUUUGCAAGUCAGCCAAAGCGCUGUCACAACCGCCUCCCUUAAAGAUCUCGGGCUCCUCCAAGCCCAUGCCCGCUGUUGGCUAUGGCACCUGCUGCCGAGAAAGUGCUCAGGGACAGCCCCUGAUAACAUCUACCAAAGCCUAUCUGGCAGCUGGUGGGAGGUUGAUAGAUACUGCACAAGGUUACGGCAACCAUCUAGACAUAGCAGAGGCCAUCCGGCAAAGCAUGGUGCCCAGAGAGGAGUUGUGGGUGACUUCGAAAGUUAGGGUGCGCGCCUGUAACACAGCGGCAGAUGUUCUGAAGGCAGUGAAUAAAAGCCUGGAGCAGUUAGACCUCAGCUACCUUGACCUCAUGCUGCUUCAUGGUGGAGAUGGCUGGGGAAUAGGCCCUGAGCGGGAUGAGUCCCUUUGGCGUGGCUUGAUUGAAGCACAGCAGGCUGGCAAGGUGCAAAGCAUUGGUGUCUCAAACCACAAUCGUGAUGAAGUGGAACGCCUCAUUUCGCGCACAGGCGUGGUCCCUGCGGUCAAUCAGCUCGAGUUUCAUCCAUGGGUCCCAGCUGAGACACGGGAGCUCGUUCGGUGGUGCCAGAGCAGGGGAAUUGCUGUGACGGCCUACGGGUCGCUGGGCGGCUCUCAGAACAAAGGCCGUGCAGAAUCUGCAACGAAGAUCGCGCAGAAGUAUGGCAAGACGAAUGCACAGGUGUUGUUGCGAUGGGCCUUGGAUCAAGGGGUGGCAGUGAUACCUGGCGCAAGCAGUGAGCAGCACAUCCGGGAAGACUUGGACCUCACGGGCUUCGUGUUAUCCGCGGAAGAUGUAUCGCUUCUGGAGAGGGCAGAUUGCCAUGACGUGGCCGACAAGCAUUGGAUCAACGGCAAUCUCCCAUUGGAUGAUGAGCUGCUGCCCAUUGCGAACCCGAUGUCCGUCCAUCCACCGUACAAGCGCUACCGCAAGUCCUGGGGCAUCAACGCCAUGGGCAGCAUGGUUGUGGAGGUCGAGGCCGAGGAUGGCACAAGUGGAGUUGGUGUCACGAUCGGCGGUGAAGCUGGUUGCUACAUCGUCGAGCAGCAUCUGAGCCGCUUUGUCGAGGGUCAGGACCCGCGGAACAUUGAGCUUAUGUGGGACCAGAUGUUCCGGGCAACCAUCAACUACGGCCGCAAAGGCUUGCCGUUGCAAGCGAUCUCAGCAGUGGACCUGGCUCUCUGGGAUCUGCUCGGGAAGCUCCGCCAGGAGCCAGUGUAUAUGUUGCUAGGUGGCGCUACCAAGCCUUUCCUUCCCAUGUACACUACGACUUCGCGCCCUGAUGUUGGCAAGCAGCUGGGCUUUGUCGGCUGCAAAGUCGCAUGCCCCUUUGGGCCUGCUGACGGGCAUGAGGGCUUCGCCAAGAACGUCAAGUACCUCAAGAAGUGCCGACAUGAUGUUGGUGAAGGAUUCCCGCUGAUGCUGGACUGCUACAUGGCACUGUCAGUGCCCUACAGCCUCUCCCUUGCACGGCGCAUCGCCGAACCAGAUCUUCAUUUCACAUGGAUGGAGGAGUUCCUUCCGCCAGACUCGUACGAUGGCUACGAAGAGGUCAUGAAGGCAGUUGGAAGUUUGGGCUUGAUGUUGACAACAGGUGAGCAUGAGUACACCCGCUGGGGCUUUAAGCAGCUGAUCGACAGCGAUCCGUUGUCACUCCGCUUCGUGGCCAAGCCAAUACCGAAGCAUAGAGCUGGCGCCGCCGCCGAGAAGCAAGAUGCGGGUGCCGCGGGUGCCCCGGAUGCUGAGGAUGCUGCGGAUGCCUUGAUCACCUUUACUUUCCGCCCAGAAGAUGUACUAGGCCGCCAGGUUCAGGGGUUCCACAUGUUGGCUCUUCAUCCCAUGGCUCCGAACUUCUCUGAAGACUUUAUCUCUUUGACCUUCAGGCGUCGGCGCAUCGUGUGUGGUUCUCGGCGUCCAUCAGCUUGGCGGAGCCAAGUCUGCCCAACCACUGGCCGCAAAGUUCCUCACCAGCGCUGGGGCAGCUGCAUUUUCGAAGUGGAACUGGACCAGAGUCCCAAGUUACACGGUGCAUUCGCUACCAUCAUGAAGCACAAGAAGAAGAGCACGGUGGACUCCUUGAGGAGAUGUGCAUUGCUGUUGCUGGAUCGAUGCGAGAGCAGCUUGUACAGCCUGGCGCAGACAGCGUCUUUCAAGGAAGGUGUUGCCGCGUUCGUCAUCCAUUCGGCGCUUUGUGGCCUUCAGCACCUGCAUGCUCUUGGGAUGGUACACCGGGACGUGAAAGAUGCCAACAUCAUGGUCCAAGAUGCGGGACGUCGAGUUGUGUUAGCAGACUUUGACCUGGCAACCUACUUGCCAGAAGGCGAAAGCACGACAAAGUGGACUUGCGGCACGCUCGGCUUUCUGGCCCCAGAGAUCUAUCAAAAGCGUCUGGGUGGUACGCCGGCGGACGUUUUUGCUCUGGGCGUCGUGCUCUAUUUCCUCCUGACCAGAAGCCAUGCAUUUUUGCGAGAUUCAAAUCUGGAGACCGAGAUCGCUACCAAAACCAACAGGCUACCUGUCGAAGGUGAUCUGCUGCGUGCGUUCCGCAGCGACGACGCGUGUGAGUUGGUGUUUUGGCUCAUCAAUCCAUCGGUCGAGAAGCGUGCCUCCGCUUCGGACGCCUUGACGAGCGAGUGGUUCUACUUCCAGGAGCCGGAUGGUCUUGCCCGUCUUCUCCGUGAGCAGAAACCCAAGAGUGAGUUCUUGCAGAAGUCGAAUCCCGACUCCUCAAUGCGUCUCGCGCAUGACGGUCUGGAUAGCGCAUCGCAGCCAAUGAUGACAAGAAUAGCAUCCCAGCCAUCGCGGCCUACACCGAAGCAGACAUCCGGGCACAAGCUGAAGAAGAUGGCGUUCCUGGGUGCACCACUGCCCGAGAAGAAGCACCGAUCUUCUCGCAAUAUCAUGCAGCAGUUGGGCUCAUCAGCUCGAAGAGCUCUGGCGACCGCCUCUAGCGCAUUGAUGUCGCUCACCACAAGCGUCAAGCAAACGAAAGUUCAUGUGGAGCCUGAGUUUGAUGGCGUUUUUGUUCCAUAA